AUGCAGAGUUUCGAACCACGGACCUUACGGCCACGGUACGAGUGUGAAAAGAUAUAUACAUGGCUUGGCGAGAACAUCCUUGUAUCAUUGAACCCCAACAAGGAAAUCCCCGAAUUGUAUGGCGGUCAACAACGUGAUGCUGUAUUUAGGAGUAGGAAUCUGCGAAACCUACCUCACAUUUACUCGCUAAUGGAGCAAUGUUUGCGUAAAAUGGUCGAAAACAAAGCGAACCAAUCUGUGAUCAUUUCUGGACUAAGUGGAUCAGGAAAAACCGAGGCUGCCAAACAUGCACUGCAUUAUCUGGUUCAACAGAGCAGUCGCCAACGAUGCUACAAGAGGCCUGUUAAUGAAAGCCAAAUCGAACAACGUCUGUUGCUAUCCAACCCAGUUCUAGAAGCUUUCGGUACGUUCCCUAAUUUUUUUACCCUCAUCGCCUAUGUAUUUUUGAAGGCAAUGCUCGCACGAUAUGCAACACGAACAGCUCACGAUUCGGAAAGUUUUUAUCCCUUUUCUACAAUACUAACGUGUCCCGUAUUCUUUCCUACCUACGAUAUUUGUAGAGAGCAAGUCGUUGUUGGCGCUACUGUACAGAUUUACCUUCUGGAAAAACCAAGGACAGUAUUUGAUUCUCGCUCAGUUUUUUCGUCUUUCCACAUUUUUUCCAUGUUCUUGAGUUCCUUAUCCGUCAAAUUGGCUGAAGAACUCAGACUAAAUGACCUGGUGUCCGCGCUACAACAGUUCAGAGAAGGUGAUGUAUCUACUGAUCGACGAUCCUGGUCCACGGUUUUGGAUGCUCUUAGUGGCAUUGGCUACUCCUCUUCUGACCUUGACCAGCUGCAGAAUAUACUAACUUCAAUACUUCUACUGAACACCUCUCGGUUUUUGCCUGCCAGCCCGGCGCGCAACCAGGCACCACUAAACCGGCGCGUUCAUGAGCUCGCUGCUUCCGAAGAUGUUGGCGAUAUGUUGCUUGCGGGACGACUUCUCGGUCUGGAGGAGGGCGAAAUCGCUGGUGAUUUUCCGCGCCAGCUGUUGACGCGGAGUGUACAAGCUGGAAACGGCUCGAAUACCUUCCGAACUAGGCGGCUUACUGUGUAUACGGCAACCUGUACGGUUGCACAAGCCAAGGAACAGCGUGACUGUUUGGUUAAAACCUUGUACAACAAUCUUUUCGAACAUAUCGUUGAGACAAUUAACAAACAACUAAGACCACCUGAGAUGGAUGUGUCUUUGGCUGAAUUUGGCAUUUUGGAUCUGUUUGGUUUUGAAAGACUCACCGAUAAUGGUUUCGAGCAAUACUGCAUCAAUUUCGCGAACGAAAGACUACAUCAGAACUUUAUGCGGAUCGCUGUGGAUAGUGUGCAUAACGAACUAAUCGCGGAAGGCUUGGGUCCUCCGAAAAAUUCACGAGAUUCCAUGAAUAUAUUCAACCGCCUACGAGACUGUGACAACAUGCCUGUCAUUGACGGUAUGAAACUGGGUGCUGGUCUACUAGACGAGGUUUGUCUACUGAAUCGCAUCCAAGAAAUUAGCAGCAAACAUCGUGGUUCAACUUUGGCGGCGAUUGAUGACCCACGCGACAUGGAGUGGAUGCGUCGUCUGCAAAUGGCGUUUUCCUCUAGCAGAAUCAUUAUCCCCGGACUAACUGGCAAAAACACAUUGUCUCCUAGGCCGAUAAAGAAACUGCAAACGGACAAAAAUACUCUGGUCUCCGGUUCACACAAUCUUGACUCACCAUCCCAACAGCGCCGCUCAGUUGAGUGUUUCACUGUUCGUCAUUUUGCUGGUCCAGUUGUUUACUCCAUACAUGGAUUUGUUUCCAAGAAUUUGGAUAGGAUUCCAGCGCACUUAUUACGUUGGAUUGUGGACUCUGUGGUUACUGAGAAAUCGACUUCGGGGGGAUCUGUACCAAGUAAUUCAAAUUCCAAGUUGCCGUUGCUUCACACUGUGCUUAUCAACGCUGCUCGAGCAGAAACGACCGACAUAUCGGGUUGUGCUUCACCCAGACCUGUUCGAUCGCCUUUACGUAUGCUGAACUCUUCAGACGGCUGUAUAUCUUCAGUUUUAUCUCCCUCUUCUCGUGGGCUUUUCAAAGAACCAUUGGCCCCAGCUUCUCCGGUGACCCGUGAGCGAGUACUCGGUAGUCCAGGACGUGCAAAUUCUCGCCGGAUCAACACAGUGUUUGGAAACUUCAAAUGCGCCGUUGACUCGCUCCUUAUUCGCUUGGAAAACCAUCAACUCUCAUUUGUGCGGUGUCUACGCCCGAACUUGUUGGAUUCCUGCCAGUUUACACCGGCAUGUAUGGAAGCGGUAGCCAGCCCUGCAACGCGCCCGGCUUCUUUUUGUGUGGAUCGCGACCGCCUCCAUGACCAGCUCGUUACUGGUGGACUACUGACGGCAGUACAUGUUCUGCGCUCGUCUUACAGCAGAAGAUACACGUAUGUGGAGUUUAUCCGGAAGUAUGGCGUCUUCUGGAAGCUUUCACCAAAUCCUCAGCAAGGAAGGUCGUCAUACGGUAUUUCAAACUCGUUGCCGCGUUGGUUUUUGAAGCUGACUACAUCUGUCUUCCAAUCCCCCCGUGGCAAUUCGGAUUUUUUGCAUGGCGAUAGCGAGCGAUGUGAGGCUUUAUUCAUCUUAAUCGUGGGUCUCGGCACCGUUUCUGACGUCACUAUUCGUCAGUUGUACCAUUCUGGAGGGCUGGCUCCUGAUGUUCGACGAGAGUUGCAGUGCUUGCUUCGCCAAUUCGGACACAGUCGGUUACAUUUGAAACCUGACCAAGCAGACCGGUUAGAGAAUUUAUCCGACUUGAUCCGUCGUACAGCCGCGAGCAUAAUUCAACGAAGUUACAGACGGUACCGUGCACGAGUAGGUGCUGCAAGAACCAUUCAGAUUUGGUGGCGCCGCGCGCAACAUGCCAGAAAACAUACAAAAGCUUCCACCAUUCUAAUCUCGCCUCUCCGUCCAGUUGUUGCAACCACUCUCAACGAAGUUCUCCCUGUGGGCGAUGUUGCUACCAGUGAACAGACUAGCAAUUCAUUGGAGUUUGCAACCCAUCAGCCCUACUUAAUCUCUCGUCGGAGUCUCCGUAGGGUUUGUUCUCUGACACCUUCGAGAAACUACCACUUUUGGAACAAGCGACGAUUCACUCAGCUGCAUUGUCUUCUCCCGUUUGUGUGGCGGCCAGCGUCGCCAGACCUGUUCAGUGAUCGAGUUCAAGGCCUAACGGACGCAUUGAGUUAAUUCGGUCUUAUUUAUCCAGCAUUUAUUUUUUUAUCCUCUCGUAGAUUUUAUUUUUGUAAUAAAAAUCAUCGUUGUUGAAUGAUAAAAUCGUUC